UAUACGUCAUAUUUAUGCGGAAGAGCUGUAGACAUAAAUGUGAGCUUACGGCGUGGUUUUGAAAUAUAACUGUUCCUCCAUUCAGGAUUUGAAAAGCUAUCAAAAAUGUCUACAGCCAAGCACAGGAUGCGCGAUAAGAAGAUGAGGAACCAGCCGAUCAACGUCACCUAUUCCUCCCAGGGCAGCUCACACUGGAGGAACGGAGGGGGCACUCCUACAGGUCGAGGCCAUGAUCUGUCUCCACAUCCAUGGGGCCAUGGGUCCUCCCACUCUGGCCAUGCCCAGGGAGGGGGCUGGGUCCGGGGCCACCAGAGAGAAGGACACGGGGGAUACCCGCAGGCUCUGCCCACACACAUCACUGCCUCAGCGUUUGCCAAGGCCCGGGCUGCAGAGGUGAACGCCAUGUUGAUGGCCGUCACCAAGACAACAGGCAGCUCCCAUGUGUUUGGAGGUCUUCCUAAACACAUGAGGAGGAGGGCUAUGAGUCAUAACACCAAGAGACUGCCCUGCAGACUGAGAGACAUGGCUAACAACAUGUUGGAGAAGAGUCAGAAGGCUGGUCAGAAGAUGAAGAAGGAACAGUCCAAGUCCAAGAGCCGUAAAGCCCGGCGUCGCCACGGCAACAUGCUUCUGGAGUUCAACCGUCGCCAGCGGAAGAACCUGUGGCUGGAGACGCACAUCUGGCACGCCAAGCGCUUCCACGUGGUCAAGAGAUGGGGCUACUGUCUGGGAGACAGGCCAACCUACAAGUGUUACAGAGCCUGCUACAGAGCCAUGAGCUCCCACUGUCUACUACAGGACAUGUCGUACUACUGCUGUGUGGAGUUACAGGGGCCAGGGGAACAGCUGUUAGCUGCUCUGUCUAAGCUGACCAGCAAGGAAACUGGGCCUACGUUUGCAGCAGCCAUGUGUGUGUCAGGCAGGAGACAGGGCAGUGUGGUGGUGUACAGAGCAGGACAGUACCCUCUCCAGCCCCUGGGGCCUGUCACAUUCCUCUGGAGACCCACAACACAGGGCCGGGGGGGCCAGGAGGACCAGGGCUCCCAGGGAUCAACACACAGACAGCUGUGGAUCUGGGCUCACCCCACCAUGAAAACGGACCUCCUCCCAGAGCUGCAGGCUGUCUGUCAGUGUUCUGAGGCUGUCCUUCCACCUGCUCCAGUGGACCUCCCUGUUCCACAGCCAGCCCCUACCCCCACCUUGGCCCCCGGUCCUGGGGCUGGUCCUGAGGCAGCGCAGACCUCUGGUUCUGGUUCUAAGAGGAAGUGGUCCUCCAGGGAGCCUGAGGCUGCUGGGCCACCAGCCAAGAAGCUCCUGGGAUACAGUACCAUUUCUGCUACCACACCCGUAACCUGGAGGUCCAGUACCACUGGUAUAGUCAUCAGUGACCUCACCAUGGAGAUGGUGCGGUAUCGUCUGAUUGGACCUCUAUCACAUUCCGUUCUGACUGAAACCCUGGCCCCUGCCACACACACUGAUGCUACAGGUAAAUCCAGACCAUCUCCCUUCUGGUGGCCAGAUCACUGCAGAGACGACUGUAACAUGUCUCUUCAUCAACAACAAGCUGGUGUCUUCAACAUGCUCAGAGGUGUGUACUCCACAGCGGAGGUCCCAGCCGGCUCAGUUCUGGGUCUGACGGUGGAUGACCCCAGAUUGACCUUACCAAACAAGAGAAGCAAGGCCGUGUCCGACAUCAGGAAGGCACAAGGAGUGAACGAGGAGAGGAGGAGGGAACUGAUGUUGAAGGGGAUCCCUGAACCCCUCAGCCAGAGUUCCCUGUGGGACCGGUCUGUCCGCGACAACGUCACACACAACAAGAUGACAGACCAGGAAGUAAACAGACUGCGUAAUGAUGUUCUGGUCCCAGGCUCCAGACUCCCCACCCCCCUGCAGGGUAGAGUACCCGUCCUACUGGUGCAGCAGUCUGGGAAGAGCCAGGGCACAGAGAUGGGGUCCUGGGGGGCGGGAUGGGACCUGCUGCUACCCAAGGCCUGGGGCAUGGCCUUCUGGGUUCCUCUGGUUUAUAGAGGAGUACGUAUCGGAGGGCUGAGGAUGAGCCUGAAACACACCCAGAAUAAAGGAGAGCCUCACUUUCCCCACGACUACCCAGACUGCCCUGCAGGAGCACGCUUCCAGGAAGAGCAGGAGGCUGAGCUGCUGGCCAAGUUCAGGAGGCGCCCACCAGCCAAACGGACCAAUUACAUCAAACAUGGCUGCCUGGCUCCAUUCCGUUGUCCCUGGCAACAGCUGGUCGAGGAGUGGGAGCUGAUCGUGAAGGAGGAAGAAGGAGGAGGAGGAGAGGACGCAGUCGUACCAAUGGAACAGGAAGUGACACCACCACAGAGUAACUUCACAGUCUUGAGGAAUAGGAAGUCUCUAAGGCAGCUGUCCGCUUGGUGUCGCCCCACAUCCUCUAAAUGUCAGAGGGCACGUAACCCGGGAUCAACACCACAACUCAACCGUAACGUUGCAGCGUCUCUCCUCUCGUCACACGGUGGCAGCAGCCUGGUGUGGAUCCGUCUCUCCCUCGUCACCAAGGGCCAACCGGAGCAGCACGCCCUGGUGUGUGUCCCCACCGCAGAGGACCUCCAGCUGGUACGUAAGGAGCCGGGCUGCACAGGGCCCCAGGAGCCUCUACACACUGACCACUUCAAGAGCCGCGUCAAACGGCCACGCAAGAAGGACCACAACAAACCUGGAACCUCCUCCUCUUCCUCCGCCAAGCAGUCUGACCCUGCCUCAGUCCCUGGUGUCAACCCUGGUCCUGAUCCUAGCUCCUCAUCCAGCCUCACCAACCCCUCUUCCUCCUGUACCUCAGCCCCUAGUGUCAACCCUGAUCCUAGCUCCUCAUCCAGCCUCACCAACCCCUCUUCCUCCUGUACCUCAGCCCCUAGUGUCAACCCUGAUCCUAGCUCCUCAUCCAGCCUCACCAACCCCUCUUCCUCCUGUACCUCAGCCCCUAGUGUCAACCCUGAUCCUAGCUCCUCCUCCAGCCUCACCAACCCCUCUUCCUCCUGUACCUCAGCCCUGACUCUGGGUCUCUGGCCGGAGCCCCUUCCCAGCGUCACCUCCCACUGCUCCAGGGUGACUCUGGGCUGGGUGACCCAGGGGGACUUCUCCCUGUCGGCUGGCUGUGGAGAGGCUCUGGGGCUCCUCAGCCUUACUGGUCUCCUACACACCCUGCUCAGACAGCCUGAUGGCCAGAGAGGACUGGUGCUGCUACGGAACCCCGGAUCACUGCAAUACCGUUUCGCUAAGAUCAACAUAGAGGUCUGAGGAGUACUGUAGGUUCAAUCCCACAUCGCUAAGAUCAACAUAGAGGUCUGAGAAGUACUGCAGGUUCAAUCCCACAUCGCAACAGUACCGCUUCUCUAAGAUCAACAUAGAGGUCUGAGGAGUACUGCAGGUUCAAUCCCACAUCACAACAGUGCCGCUUCUGUUAGGGGUACUAGAUAUUAAAUAAAACACUGUGCCUAGUGCGAGUCCCUUCACCCCGACCCCUGUUAGGGGUACUAGAUAUUAAAUGCCUGGCAUGUACACACAACAUUACACAUUGUUUGAGUGGAAUAACUUUUUCUUGAUAAUAAUUCCCUGUAAGGUUUUCUGGGAGUUUUUCAUUUGAGUUGAAAUAAUUUUUUGAUUUUUUUAAGAAAUGUUCAAUAUUGUUUUCACCGAAGGGAUUGUCACUGGGUGUGACUGGUGUCUUCUCUACAGAACCAGUACAUUCUUUGGUUUGCCUGAUUCCCAUUUUUGUGAAAACAAAUCUUUGUUUGGAUUUGAGAGCUGUAGUUGAAAUGGUUGACAAUAAAAAUCCCUCUACUCCAAUCGGAGUUACCUAAA